AUGAACCAUGGCCGAGCUUUUGAAAAAUCCACUCACAAUGAAGAAAGUCCAAGAAGAGGAAGAAGAGUUGUGGGGUAUAAAUCAAAUAUAGAGGACAAGGAUGUCAAUCAAAUGGAGUACAUGAAAUGUGUAGUCAAAGAAUCUCUCAGGUUGCAUCCACCAGCUACUUUGAUUGCUCGAGAAACAACAUCUAGUGGUAAACUCGGAGGGUAUGACAUUCCAAAUAAAACAAUGGUAUAUAUCAAUGCAUGGGAAAUUCAAAGGGACCCUGAUUUUUGGGAAAGGCCUGAAGCGUUCAUACCUGAGAGAUUUGAAAACAGCAAGGUUAAUUUCAAUGGUCAAGACUUUCAAUUUAUUCCCUUUGGUUCUGGGAGAAGAAAAUGCCCUGCUGUGGCAUUUGGGCUUGCUUCCGCCGAGUACAAUGUUGCUAAUCUUCUAUAUUGGUUCAAUUGA